ACUCUCUCCCCUGUGGGGUCAGAACUAACACGCUGAUCUGCUUACGAUAUCUUCAUCACAACUCACCCCACCUGAGGACAGGAGAUGAGGAAUAGAAAUGACAGGAUAUGAGGAUGGGAUUUGGGGUCGGGAUAUGAGGACAAACAUCUUCUCCUUUGUUGCUUUUCCUCCCCACAAGGAUUAGUGUCUGAUGAAGAUCCGCUUGUUCUGGACUGAAACAUAAUCUAUUUGUUUGAAUUGCAUACACAAUAAAACCUCCUGAAUGCAUACCUUGAGUGAAGUCUAACAUUUAAUAUGUGUAUAAGCAUGAGGUAAACCUAUUUUGACACCCAAAAAACUGAUUGGCCUUUUGGAGCUCCUGGACACCAGUGACGUGCCAAAGUGACAACCAGAAGUUUAUAGGAAUAAAGUUAUUGUUCACGGAUUGAAAAACAACAUGGCGGCAUCUAUGGUUAGGGUCACAGGUUUUCUAUGUAGACUUCAUGGUGCCAUCCAUACAGGGAGGAAUUUGGCAUCUUCAGCAACUUUGGAUCAGAAGAUACCCAAUGCCUUAUGGAACUUGGGACGCCUGAAUCAUGUAGCCAUUGCUGUACCUGACUUACAAAAAGCCAAAUCAUUAUACCAAAAUGUUUUGGGAGCAAAAGUGAGUGAGACCAUUCCCCUUCCCGACCAUGGUGUAUAUACCAUAUUUGUCGAACUCGGAAACACAAAACUGGAACUCCUUCAUCCACUUGGACAGAACAGCCCUAUCUCUGGUUUUCUUCAGAAAAACAAGGCGGGUGGAAUGCAUCACAUAUGCAUUGAGGUUGAUGACAUCAAAAAGGCAAUGGCAGAUCUGAAACAGAAAAACAUUAGGUUAUUAAGUGAUGAACCAAAAACUGGUGCACAUGGUAAACCAGUUGUCUUCUUGCACCCAAAAGACUGUGACGGAGUUCUGGUGGAGCUGGAGGAAGCAUGAUGCAAAUGGAGACGUAUAAAGAAAUGGGAAAAUGUAAAGAUCAUGGUAAUCCAAGAAGUGAAAUCAAAUGAUGUUGCCAUAUCACUGAUUUUCUACACUACACUGAAGUAAAGACUCUUAUGAAUAAAAUAAAUGCCUUUUAUGUGCUAUUGUUCUGAGAAAUCUAUUACUAAUAUAAUUUGUGGAUCCAACUGUAUCUCUAUGUGUAGCUGAAUUGUGAUGAGCUGUGUAUGACCAUCAGUGUUUGGGCUUGUUCACAUUGUAAUUGUGCCUUAUGAGACAUGGUUACCUCUGCAAAAUGGCAUGUAAAGUAUCCUGGCACAGACCAGUAAAAGCCCUAUUGAUUU